CCGCCCCGGCAGCACCUCCAGCUGACGGGUCUGCCUGUGAGCUGCUGAAUGUUUGGAAUUGUUGUGAUGGGAGGCCGCAGCCAUCUUGGAUGAGCGCCGCUCCGCACCAACGGUCGACCGUGACGGCGGAGCAGCCAGUUAGCCAGCUAGCUAACGAUAGCUGCUGCUCGGAGAGAUUAACCUCGCUUCUUAUUGCGACUAUGCUGUAUUUGCGCCUUGUUUGGUAGUGGACGCAUUGUGUGCGCAAAAAAUGGGCACACGUAGUUUUAAACGGUUUGCGGGUAAAAUUUAGAAACGGGAAAGGCGCUGCUGAACCUCGGUAUAUUUUUUACAUUUCUGGAUAGAGGAGUUACUAUGAAUGGAGGAUAAAUGUUGCCGAAGGCUGACAGCAGCAGUUUCGUCCUCCUCUUCUCUCUUCUCUUCGUUCUCACGCUAACGGACCCACCACGGGCAGGUCCACGGCUAGCUCUGGCAAGAUUAUUGUCAGAGCAGCGCUGCAACACUGGGCAGUUCGCCUGCCGCAGUGGGAAGAUGCAGUGUAUCCCGAUGUCCUGGCAGUGUGACGGCUGGACAGCAUGCGAGGACAAAAGCGACGAGAUGGACUGUCCCCUUAUAAAGGCGGAGAGGUUUCGCUUUGAGAAUGGAUACGAGAACGUUGAAGACGUCAUCGGCGUGGCUCAGCCCGUUCGCUUCAACAAGAAGUGUCCCAACGGCUGGCAUCACUACGAGAAGACGGCCAGCUGCUACAAAGUCUACCUGAAGAACGAGAACUACUGGAAAGCCGUGGAUACGUGCCAGAAGGUUAAUGGCUCCUUGGCUACAUUCGUGACUAGCGAAGAACUCCAGUUCAUCCUGGAGAUCGAGCUGGACUUUGACGACAAAGUGUGUGAGCGCAGAGAACAGUGCACGUUUUGGGUGGGCUAUCAGUAUGUGAUCACCAAUCGAAGCCACACCUUGGAGGGCCGUUGGGAAGUGGCUUCCAAAGGGUCCAUGCAGGUGAUUUGGCCGCCUGAGGGCCUGGAGAAGUUUGGGGAGACUUCUCCCUCUCAGGACAACGUCUUCUGCGCCCAGCUGCAACGCUUCCAGAGCAAGAGCAUGAAUGAGCACGGCCUGCACAGCUGGGACGCCGAGAACUGCUACAAGAAGUUCCCGUUCCUCUGCAAGAGGAGGCAAACAUGUGUGGAUAUAAAAGACAAUGUAGUAAAUGAGGGCUACUACUUCACCCCGAAGGGGGACGACCCGUGUCUGAGCUGCACGUGUCAUGAUGGGGAGCCGGAGAUGUGUGUGGCGGCGCUGUGUGAGCGUCCGCAGGGCUGCACCCGCUUUCAGAAGGAUCCCAAAGAGUGCUGCAAGUUCACCUGCCUGGAUCCCGAUGGAAGCACUCUGUUUGAUUCGAUGGCCAGUGGGAUGAGGCUGAUCGUCAGCUGCAUCUCGUCCUUCCUCAUCCUGUCGCUGCUGCUCUUCAUGGUGCACAGACUUCGCCAGAGAAGACGCGAACGCAUCGAGACUCUGAUCGGAGGCAACUUGCACCACUUCAACCUUGGUAGACGAGUGCCGGGCUUCGACUACGGCCCAGAUGCCUUCGGCACCGGUCUCACUCCUCUGCACCUGUCUGAUGAUGGCGAAGGCGGGGCUUUUCAUUUCCAGGAGCCGCCUCCGCCGUACGCCGCCUACAAAUAUGCCGACAUCCAGCACCCAGACGACCCUCCUCCUCCGUACGAAGCCUCCAUCAACCCAGACACCUUCCUCUACGUGGACUUCGGACACAGCGGAGUCUCUGUGGUGCCGAGCCAGAUGAACUCUCUGGGCGACGGGCUCGAGGCCGAACAUCCGACCUCCCCCGCGCCGGCGCCCGUUUGUGUGCCGUCGUCUCAAGAGAGAGAGGACUCCAUAGACAGCAGCACCCUCCUGGUGGGCCCUGACACGCCAACAGAUGGCCACGCCCCUCUGCCCGCAGACUGCACGUCCUCCCUCAGCACUGUGGUAUAGGAGCGAAGGACGGCGCCGCACCCGGAUCUCACUGGUCAGAACUGCAGGCUGUCGAUGUCGGCUGCAGGGAACAGACUUGUAUUUUGUACAGACGUAUAAGAAGGAGCGGCGACUGUUUUCUUACAGCAGGGCUUUUCCUUCUGAAGACAAAGUGUUUGGUUAUGUUUGCUUUUUGAAGACACUGGCAUCGGAGGGAGCAGCAAGGACUGAUUCUGUACAAAAAAAAAAAAUCAUCCCAGUAAUCUGACAUGGCUGCACUCCUUGUUUUGUUGCUGAGAAGCAGCCUAAUUGGGUGAAACCCAUCUGCUGUAAAUGCUCCCUGAGGUUCAGACUUCAUACCUGUGUGUUUCAGUCCCGCACAGCAUCAAACUACCAACCCAGCUUUAGUUGCUUGUACGCUUUUUGUUGCGUCACACUUGGAAACGGCAGCGUCUUUACCGAUCUCCAAGCUACUGUAACAUCCACACUGUCUGCUGCAGCAUGAACCAGCGCUGAUGAAAACCUUCAUUUUUCCAAUCCGAUCUAAGCAGCCGUCUUCCAGAUUUAUAGCACAGAUUUGCAGAAGCAGAUGUUUUAUAGCUCAGAAGGUGUUUGGUAGUCUAUUACUAUUACAGUCAGCAGACUGUGUUGAUGCUGGUUGUUAUCAGUUUGGUGUUACGUUUGUUUAUUAAUUUAUGACUGCAGGCUGUAAUUUUGGUUGCUUGUUGGAAACGUGUAAGCUGAUUUUGACCAAUGAUGUGACAAAAACCUGGUUACUGUAUGGGGAACGAUUAGAGAUGAAGGUGUUUCAUAAAAGGAAAAAAAAAGAGAUUUUCUCCAACUAUGAAUUAAGUCAUGCUAACAUUCAAAUGAUGUAUUAUUUGUGGUUGAGCCGUCGUGUACAGUCGUCACGCAUUGAUUUGUGAGGUAAGCUCAUGGACUGUCGCUUCCUGUCCAUCCCAGAAUGUGCCAACCGGGCGUGGGCUGGCAUAAACGUUUUCUUGGUGACACGAUUUUAGUAAAAACAUGUAUAUAAAGAUAUUUUCAUGCAACUGUGAAACAAAAAGGCAGCGUGUCGCGUGAUCUUACUGGUUUAAUUAAAAUCAUACCUUUCUGCAUUGGCAUGCAGACAAAUAUUGACUCUCCACUCUUAAGACUUGACCAGUUUCAAGAGCAAACUCAUUCUGAAGUUCAUAAAUUAAAAUGAUUUACAAACAACCUGAUUGGUUGUUCGUAUAAUCCAAGGACAAAUGAAUGAAAGAGUAUGAUAACAAUUAAGUACCUUUUGGCUUCUAGACCCUCUUAAAACAUGUGGUUUUUAAAAUUGGCCUUUAGAUGCCAAAAAACAUUAAUUACAUUGAUUUCUGGAGAUGGAUUAAAAGCUUCAGAGUCUUUAUUUCAUUACAUCAUAUUAAUGCUCAAUUUAAAAAUCCAUAUGUCUAUUUGACUUUGAAAUGGACAUAAGUUUAAGUUUCCAAAAAUAUAGUGAACUUUCUCGUUAACACACUGCUGAAUUGUGAACCUACCAAAUAACAAACCUCAAUCUAGUCAAUGUUUUGUUUUUAUUUACUGAAAUAUUCAGCCUGUCAUAAAACCUACCAGGAAAAACAAUUAAAUUUGAAGUGUAAACUUUGUAGUAACCAUGAGUGGAGAAGGUUUGAGCUUUUUGCCCAGUUUAAAAACUCAGAAAACUGAUCAAUGUCAGCUCCAUCUAGCCUGCAGACGGCUGCUUAACGUACAAAGCUAGAUAACUAGUUCCAAAUCAAAAAUAUUUCCAAACAGCCUGAUUUCUUGUCCCUAAAAUCCAAGCCCCAGUUUGGUUCCUCAGCGCCUCUGGCGUCUUAUUAAAGGGAAUCCAAACGGGUGGCCAGCCCAUGCCUGCGUUGAACCUCUGCAGAACAUGAUGGUUUCUGCAAAACUGUUGCUGUUCUUGUUUUGUCGUUUUCUCUCUUUGAUGAAAUGUGUAUUUAAAAAAGAAAUCUUAAGUUUGGAGCACAUGAGACGACAAUCGUUGGAUUCAUUCCAGGAUGGAUUUGACGCAGUUGGAGUUUUUUUUUUUUCUCUUUUUUUUUUUUUUUUUUUGGGAGUUUCCUCCAUCACCACCAGCAGCAUCCAAACUCAUGAUCCGCCCCCCAAAAACGGCUUAAAAUAUGUCUCAUGUUUGAAUGUACUGAAUAUAUAUAUAUAUAUAUAUAAUACAUGACUUUUUGUGCUCAUCUUUAACUCAUUUCUUUGUUUUUAUUUUCUACUUUUUGCAUCGACAAUCCACAGUGGAUCAUCCAGCAAUCAGCCAUGUUUUCAGACGCUGCCAAACGCCAGCAUGUGUGUUUAACAGAUGGUGUUCAGUUCUGUUUGCACCAUCUUUGUUUUGGGUUUCUUCCUGCUUCAUGUACCUUUCGGCGCAUGUUUUUUUUUUUUUUUUUGAUGUGUUGGCAUGCCGAGAGGUAAUUUUAGCACAACAGUGUACAGUAGAUUCACAGGCUCAUACAUGUAGUUCAGCGUUAUGUAUGAACUGAAAGCCAAGAGGGGAGUAGGGGGGAUUGUAAUGCAACUUAUGCUACAUUUCAUUGUCUCUUAUUUGACAGCCCUUAAAUUAAAAACGGGGGGAAAAAUAAAAAGCUUGUGUUUUUCUGACAAAGAUCUACAUCUAAUCUUAAUAAGCUGCACUGCGAAAUCCGAGCUGGGACCACGAUCCAAACUUUUAUGCUGGACAGACGCGACAUUGAUCCUCUUCCAUUUUUAUUUAUUUUUUGUCCCUUUUUCGUCAAGGAAAUCCCUCCACCUGACCAAAUGUCAGAGAUUUAAGGUGGAAUGCAGGGAAAUCCCCCUCCACACCCCGACCCAAACGGUGAGACGGGGGGCGCCCGGAGGCUUAGACGAUUUGAAGGAAGCGAAUGUAAUGCAGCUCAGAGUGACUCAUACGGCAGCAGGCGGAGCGGAGAGAGUGAUACCCAGCUGGAGAGUGUUGUCUGGGAUGAAAGGAGACUUUGUCCCCCCAGGUCCCCGCGGAGCGACAGAAUCACAAAAUGUAUUCCUGAUGAAAGAGACCCAAAACGGCUCGAUCGGGUUCGAGACCAAACUGGAGUCAAAUUAUAAAGCUGAGCAUUCAUUGGCUUGUUUUUAAGGAUCAGAAAUAAUAAUACAAAAAACAUUUUUCUUCAGACUUUGAUAGUAAAAUUAACUUUUUAAUGUUUUUUUUAUUGUAUUCAAGCCUUGAGAAUAAAAUUGAGGGUUUUAUUUCAACUUGCACAAUAAAAUUACUUACUUUGA